ACAAAUGUAAUCAAAUUCCAUACUGACGAAGUAGGUACUUUUAUGAUAGACAACAUUGGAUGAGUAAUUCUAGGAAAUAAAAUGAACAUGCAAUAUCACAAAUGAAUCAUCAUGGGUACCUAAUCAAAUUGAUACAAUAAAUAAAUUUAGAAUCUGCAGUACCCGUAAAUUCCCACUCAUUCAGAAGCAUUACCGUUGUAAUAUAUUAUGUAGGUAGUUACCAUAUCAGUGUAAGUGUAUAGUCGUUAAUAAAUGUGUAUUGAAUAUGUGUGUUGAAUUUCUACAGAAUCACUAUGUGAAUAAAACUGAUCGCGAAGAAAUGCUCUUCUCUGAAUAUGUUCGCGUGUAGUUCAAUUCAAUAAAUGUGUGAAAUGUGUAAAUUUUGAAAAGAUGUGAGAUUAUUAUUGAUAAAUCCUUGAAAAAUUAAAAUCAUUUCCUAUAUCAAGAGUCAAGAUGUCAACAGAAGAACAAUUCUGCGGAUCCACAUUGCUGAAAAUAGGAGAAUUCUACACGACAAAAAUAAACGGAUACGUAGACAUCCCAAUCUGCAUAAUUGGUUCUGUAUUAAACAUAUUCAACAUCCUAAUAUUCACAAGGAAAAACAUGAUUUCAUCUCCAAACUUCAUAUUCACCCACAUAGCUUUUGUAGAUCUACUGCUAUUGAUAGCAUUUAUCCCCUUUACAUAUAUUUGCUAUAUUUUGUACGGAGGUUACUCUCAUGGAAGAUGGAGUUAUGGGCAAGCAGUAUUCCUUAUGUAUUGCUACGAAUUCAUAUUGACUUUUCAUUCGAUAUCGGUAUUCCUCACGAUAAUGUUGGCCUUGUGGAGAUAUAUAGCUUUAGCACAUCCGUUCAAGGAAACUCAGUGGUGCAAUAUGGAGACUACACGUAAAGUAGUGGCUGCUGGAUACACGAUUUGUAUUCUGUUCAGUGUACCGAUGUAUCUUUCUGGUGUUAUUAUACCGAAUCCGCCGGAUGAUCAGAUGGUUACUACUUAUACACAUAUGAUGAAAAAUGAUACCAUUUUACCCAAGGUUUACUUCGUGACUGCUGGAUUGUUGCAUAGUUUUCUGCCUUCAGUUUUGUUGCCAGUAUUUAUUAUUAGAAUAAUUGUCAUCUUAUUAGCAAAAAAAGAAGACCAGAGACAUCUGCAUCCAUCUCUAAACCCUCAAAUCAGCUCAAGCAACCUCAAAAAGAACCAACAAACUGAUCGAUCUAUAAUGGCAUUGAUAACAGUUCUUACACUAUUCCUAAUUAUUAAAGUGCUCGAUGGAAUAUUGAAUUUAACGUACAUGAUUUAUGGCAGUUUGAAUAGAAGUACUAAGCACUGCUUCUAUGGUCCAAGAUCAAUUCUUUUAACCGCGACUGAGAUCGAUAUGUCCAUUACGUUUGUAAUAUAUUACACCAUGAGUGAAAAUUUUAGAGACACGUUUAAAGGUUUAUUCAGAAGAACCUCUGUUGCUUUGGGCAAUAAUAGAAACCCAGAUACAGGUCGAAAAAUUGAUCAAGUUUAGCGAAUGGAGCAAAGCUGUGGGCUAUUUCGAGUUAAUUUGAAAAUUUCAAAAAAUCUAUAAAAAUAUCUUAGGUAAAAAAAAUUCAAUUUUUUCGAUUUUUUGAAGUUGGUGGGAACAAAAAAAUUGGCACCAAUUUGUUUCAAAAUAUUUCCCCAGUUUCAGGAAUAAUAUUUUUUAAUGUUUUGGAAUCAACUUUUUUUCACGAUCCAUCCUAAAGUAGGUAUAAAACUUUCCAGAGACAAAGACAAAGACACCCUCUAAAAUCAAUAUAGCUUGGUUAAAUCAAGAAUGCUGCUUUUGUCAUUAUUAUAAUUAUUAUUAAGUAUAUAAACACAUGUGUUGGUUAUCAGUUGACCUACCAAACUUUCGGGUCAAGUCGAUAAAUUCAUCUCUUUGCAAGCUUUUUUUUACACACUUUUUUUAAUUGUUUAAAACAAUAAUGUCAUAUCAUGAUGCGUGUAUCUUUACGCACCAGAUAACUAUUUUUAUAUUCAAUUCUGGGAAAUGUAAAUAGAGUAAAUACAUGAUUUUUAUAAACCUACAACUCACAAGGCGUAAAGUGUGUUCAAUUUGUUUAGUAGGUAGUAUAACAAAUUCACUCUUUUCACAAAAACACACAAUUCAAAGUCAAUAUGAAUUCAUAUUUAUACGAAACGAGUUUUGGAAAGUGUUCGAUGGUGGCAAUAAAUAAGUGCUUGAAAUUGAAAAAAUAUCUUAUUAUGGAACCUAUUUGUACAUACCUACCUAAAAAAUACAUUCACGAGUUAUAAAGUAAAGUUCGUCAACUCACAUGAGAUCUAACCAGCUUCAAUCAAACCAUCUCAUUCUUUUUGUAAGUACCUGCUUGUCAAUUUUUUUUUGAAAAUUCAAGAUGUCAACCGAAGACCAAUUCUGUACACAUGUCUCAAAAACCAUCGAAGCAUAUUACAAGAAGAAUAUAAGCGGUUACGUAGAUAUCCCGAUAUGUUUGAUUGGCGUAUUUCUCAACCUAUUCAACAUCCUGGUAUUCUCGAGGAAAAACAUGAUUUCAUCUGCCAACUUGAUACUAGCUCAUUUAGCCUUCGUAGAUAUGUUGGAUUUAAUAGCUUACAUUUGGUAUUCGUGGAUCUCCUUUUCGCAUUAUCCUCAUUUCGAAGGAAAAUGGGAUUUCGAGCAGGCAAUAGUUCAUUUGGGAUGCUACAAUUUCGUGAUCACUUUUCACUUCAUAUCGGUAUUUUUGACGAUGAUGUUGGCCAUAUGGCGAUAUAUAGCUGUGGUACAUCCUUUCAAGGAAUCCCAAUGGUGUAAUAUGAAGACUACACGCAAUGCAGUGAAGGCUAGUUACAUAUUAUGCAUUUUGCUUAGCGUGCCUAUGUAUUUAUCGCGUGAUAUAAAGAACCAGAAUACUAAUAACCAAACGCUGACGAAGUAUGCACUUACAGACAAAGAACAUUCGAUCCAGCUUCGAAUUUCUCUUUUGAUCGAUGGAGUGUUGUUUGAUUUAUUGCCGUCAGUUGUGCUGCCAAUAUUAAGUCUCAGACUGAUAAUUGUCUUAUGGACGAGAAAAGAACAUAGAAAACAUCCAGUCGCCACUUCAAGCACCCACAGCAACAAGAGAAGUCUCCGAAGUAAACGGAAACAGCAACUCGAUAGAUCAGUGGUCAUAAUGUUGGCGCUUGUGGCAUUAUUUCUGGUUAUUAAAAUUCCAUCAGGAAUACUGAAUUUGAUGGGUUCGUGUUAUACUGGCUUGGGAGGAAUAAUCAACACGCUGGCAAAUAUCAAUAUAUCCAUCACGUUUGUUGUAUACUAUACGAUGAGCAGAAACUUCAGAAUCACAUUUAAAUCUUUGUUCAAUGGUAACGUGCUCGAAAAAGAUAUGGUUUUUAGUACGAGCAAUAAUGCAACAUUACACUAAAUGUGGUAGGUACUCUGUAUUGGUAAUUUCAGUCAUAUUUUUGUUUUGAAAAUUGAAUUUUAUUAUGUUAUUUGUUUAAUAAAUUGAAUAAAU